CCGGCCUGGCCAACAUGAGUUACUCAGUGGACCACCACUUCUUCGGCCCGACCUCGUACCGCAAGGCUCGGCCUGUCUCCGUGUCCUCCAGCGGGUUUCACUCCCAGCGCCGCCGCCUCACCUACAGCCAGCCGCCCUCCGUCGAAAGCCUGGACACCUUCAACGGCGACAUGACGCGAAGGAGCGAGAAAGAGAUUCUGCAAACCCUGAACGACCGGUUCGCCGGCUACAUCGACAAGGUGCGUAACCUGGAGAUGCACAACCGCAACUUGGAGGCAGAAGCGGCGGCUCUGCGGCAGAGCCAGGCCGGGCGCGCCUCGGUUGGGGAGCACUACGAGCGAGAGCUGGGCGACCUGAAGGGUCUCCUGCAGCAGCUGACCGGGGAGAAGGCCCGCGCAGCUCUGGAGCACGAUCACCUGGAGGAGGACAUCCAGCACAUGAGGGCCAGGCUGGAGGAUGAGGCGCGUAACCGGGAAGAGUUGGAGGCUGCCGCUCGCGCCAUGAAAAAGUAUGUGGAGGAGUGCCGGCUGGCGCGACUGGAGCUGGACAAGAAGCUCCGUGCCCUGGAGGAGGAGGACGCUUUCCUCAAGAAGAACCACGAGGAGGAGGUGGCCGAGCUCCUCGCGCAGAUUCAGGGCGCGCAGGUGAGCUAUGAUAUGCGAGACACGCUGAAGGCGGACGUCACCGGCGCACUGCGAGAGAUCCGCGCACAGCUGGACACUCACGCAUCCAAGAGCUCAACGCACGCGGAGAAUUGGUUCAAAGUGCGUAUGGAGCGCCUGUCUGACGCUGCUAGGUCUAACCAGGAUGCCAUUCGUGGAACCCAGGAGGAGAUCGGAGAGUACCGCCGCCAGCUCCAGAGCCGCACUAUUGAGCUGGAGACUCUUCGAGGAACCAAGGACUCGCUGGAGAGGCAGCGAAUGGAGAGUGAAGACAGACACCAUGAUGACCUCAACUCACUACAGGAGACCAUCAACCAGCUGGACAAUGAGCUGAAAACCACCAAAUGGGAGAUGGCCAGCCAGUUGAAAGACUACCAGGAGCUGCUGAAUGUGAAGAUGGCCCUAGAUAUUGAGAUUGCUGCUUAUAGGAAGUUACUGGAGGGAGAGGAGAAUCGCUUUGUGUCAGGAGGAAGUCCGUACUCUUACCUGGAAAGCAGAUUCUCUACCCACUUCAAAGUGAAAGCAGAGGAGAUCUCAGACACAGUCAUCCUGGAGGAACAGACAGAUGAGACCCAGGUGACAGAGGUGACAGAGGAGGGAGAGGAGGAGGAAGAGGCGGAAAAGAAAGAAGAAGAAGUAGAAGAGGCAGAAGAGGGAAAAGAGGAAGGUGAGGAAACCAAAGAAGAGGAGGGAGAAGGUGAGGAAGGUGAAGACAAGGAGGAGGAAGCUGGGGCAGAAGAAGAGAAGGAAGAAGAAAAGGGAGAGGAGGAGAAGGAUGAGGAGGCCGAGGAGAAGGGAGAGGAAGAGGAGGCUGGUGAGGAGGAAGAGAAGUCCAAAUCUCCAGAAAAGGCUGCAUCCCCUCCUUCUAAAUCCCCUCAGCCUAAAUCUCCUGCUGUCAAAUCACCAGAAUCUAAAUCACCGGAAUCUAAAUCACCUGCAGUCAAAUCCCCGGUGCCCAAAUCACCCGCCAAGUCACCUCCAGCCAAAUCCCCUGCAGGAGAUGAUUCAAAGUCACCUGCACCAAAGUCACCUGUGUCAAAGUCCCCACCUAGCAAAUCCCCUGAAUCUAAAUCCCCUCCUCCCAAGACCCCUGAGCCAAAGUCUCCAGAAAAAGAGAAGGCCAAGCCUGUAGACACCCCUAAAGAGGAGAAAAAAGAGGAGAAGCCUCAGCCUGUCAAGGAGGAAAAGAAGGAGAAAGAGCAACCCGUGAAGGAGGAGAAGAAGCCAGAGCCCAAGGAGAAGGAAGACAAGCCUGAUACGAAGAAAGAAAGCAAGGCCGAUGACACCACAAAACCUGCUGCUCCAAGCAAGGAGGACAAACCUGCCCCCAAGCCUGAGCCUAAAGAGAGCGCUCCCCCUGCCAAGGAGGAGAAACCCUCUGCUCCUAAACCGGAGAAAGCCGAGCCCGAGGCAAAGCCUGCCCCUAAAGCAGAGCCUGAGAAAACCGAGGGCAAGAAGGAGGAGAAGAAGCCAGAGGAGAAGCCUGCACCCAAAGCCGAACCCGAGAAAACAGAAAGCAAGAAAGAGGAGAAGAAGCCAGAGGAGAAAAAGGAUACAAGUAAGGAGGUGAAGGAAGAAGGGAAGGCAGAGAAAGUGGAGAAAUCUUCUGGCACUGAGUCAAAGGAGAGCAAGGAGGAGAAGGCCAAGAAGUAAGACUGACAAGCUGUGAUUCAGGGCACGAGAGGAGGAGGUGGAGAUGCCAAAGAACUAUGAGGGAGUAAAGAGCAGGAGAAAGCAGCCUGGCACUUGAAUGUCCAAAGCAAAGCAGGUGACAGUAUGUAAGCAAUAGUGUUUUCUGUAGCAAAUAAUCCCCUGCUCCCUAGGUAUGGCCAUUACACACACCCCGAUGCUUCUGAUGUAUGACUGUAGUGAAUGCAGAAUGCUCUCAACUCUUUAUCUGAAUGUGACAACUGCCCUUAAUAAAUAACAAGUGCAUUUAAAUCGAAUCCCGCUGACGGGGACCGCAGGGGCCUGCUGUACCUACACGAGCCUUCAAGGGUAGAGAUGUCAAAAUAAUGUCAAGCUAAAGAUUGUGACAGAUAUCAAAUAUAAAAAUGUAUAUUUAAGUAGAUACAAAUGUCUAUUAUAUUUACAGAUACAUGAAUAGGAAAGACUUGAAUAUGCUUGUUGUGCACCUUAACGCAGCUUCUCCUGACAGGUGAACUGCAGUGUCUCACUCUUUUGGUCUGCAAUGCUAGGACAAUGAUGACUGUGCUAUGUAUAAACUGCUCAGAAUAUGCAAUAUGAAACAGAUAAAUAAAGAAUGAGAAA